UAUUCAUGAGCUUAGCCUUCUCAAUAGUAGGGUUCGUGAUUUGGCCGGUGCGGUAAUCACGCCCUGUUUGCGAGCAGCGUCCUCGCUCGAGCGCGUCGGUGUGAGGCGAGGCUCGGUGUCGGUGAAGAUGCCGGUCUGGCGGCGCUGGAUCCGGCCGCUCGCCGCGCUGCUGUUCGCGCUCGUGCUCGCGGUGGCGCUGCCGCUGUGCGCGUGGGAGCUGCGGAGAGCCGAGGUGGGCACACACACUAAAGCGUGGUUCAUCGCAGGUGUGUUUGUGUGUUUGACGAUCCCUAUUUCACUGUGGGGGAUUUUACAACAUCUGGUUCAUUACACACAACCUGAGCUACAGAAACCCAUCAUCAGGAUUCUCUGGAUGGUUCCCAUAUACAGCUUAGACAGCUGGAUAGCGCUAAAAUACCCCAAGAUCGCCAUCUACGUGGACACGUGUCGGGAAUGCUACGAGGCGUAUGUCAUCUACAACUUCCUGAUGUUCCUGCUGAACUUCCUGGAGAAUCAGUAUCCCAGUCUGGUGCUCAUGCUGGAGGUGCAGGAGCAGAGACCCCUGCUGCCCCCUUUCUGCUGCUGCCCACCCUGGACCAUGGGAGAGGUUCUGUUGUUCAGAUGUAAGCUUGGAGUUCUGCAGUACACAGCAGUGAGACCUGUAACCACCAUCAUUGCACUUGUGUGUCAGCUGUGUGGAGUUUAUGAUGAAGGUAAUUUCAGCUUCAGAAACGCCUGGACGUACCUCGUUAUCGUCAACAAUGCCUCACAGCUGUUUGCGAUGUACUGCCUGCUGCUGUUCUACCGAAUGCUGAGAGAAGAGCUGAAGCCUCUGAGACCCGUCGGCAAGCUGCUCUGCGUCAAACUCGUCGUCUUUGUGUCCUUCUGGCAGGCUGUGCUGAUCGCUCUGCUGGUGAAGGUCGGAGUGAUUUCAGACAAACACACUUGGGAGUGGGACAGCGUGGAAGCCGUUGCCACGGGACUACAGGACUUCAUCAUCUGUCUGGAGAUGUUUCUGGCAGCGAUCGCUCAUCACUACAGUUUCAGCUGUCGUCCGUACGUUCGUGAGGAUGAUGAAGGCUCGUGCUUCGACUCGCUGCUCGCCAUGCUGGACGUCUCAGACAUACGCGCAGACAUCGCAGAGCAAGUGCGCAACGCCGGCCGUACGGUGUUCGGUCGUCCCCGUAAGCUGUUCUUCGGCUCUGAAGCGGAUGUCGUUCAGAGUGAACACACCAGUCUCCUCGCUGGGACGUCCCACGAGCGCCACUCAGUCCCCGCCUCCCCGCAGGGGCGGUACCAGGGGCUGGGCUACACAGACACGCCCCACUCAGUCUCCGCCCCCGCCGGCUUCACAUCCUCCUCCUGGGAGAGUGACAGUGACUCAGGGCCUGCAACAGCCAAUCAGAGCACCUAGCAAACGGUGCGGUGAGGCUACGAGAUCAUAAACACAGUCAGACGCACAGUGAAAACCUGUUCACAUCUGGAUAACAUAUGAAUAAUGCAAAAAGAAAUUACAACCCGAAUUCCAGAAAUGUUGGGACGUUUUUUUUUUUUUAUGAA